AUUUAACAAGCCUAACCCAACCACAGCCCUAACCCUAACAUUUUGAUGACUGUUAUCCUAACUAGAGGAUGAGGUGGCACUAUUAACCCACACCUAGACUACACCUGAUGAAGAUUUACUUCUCUACUUAAAAACCUGUGACUACUCUGUGUCUACAGGCUCCUCCACCGGAUCACCAAGUGCGUCAUAUGCAAAAGUGAAUGAGCUGGAGUCUUUCUGAAUCACGGAUAAUAGUCAUAUCCAGGGAGGAGCCUUUCCACUUAGUUCAUCUGAAAGCGGAAGGACGGCAGUGAAGAGGUCGCGUAGCACAACUGGUAGUACGACGAGUGAAACCUCCUCCAUCAUGAGUUCUGGAAGUGGAGAACCUACAAUAGUGAAGACAGGGGAGACUCCUGCGCCUGGUUCAGCUCCAGCCAAACAGGAGUGGAGGUGUCCCCUGAGCGACGCUCACGUCCACCGGGAAGAUGUGAGGAAGGUGUGGAAAGAGUGCCAAGAGGAAAGCUUCUGGUAUAGAGCUCUCCCCCUGUCUGUGGGCAGCAUGGCCGUCACUGGUGGUCUCAUCUACAAUGGUGUUUGGAAAUCGUCAGCAAGGUUUGGCCCUUUCCCAAAACUAGCAGUUGCGGGUCUGCUCGGGUUUGCAGUGGGAAAAGCUUCGUAUGUUGGAACUUGUCGGAGCAAGUUCCAGGAGCUCGGUAUUAAAGACGGCCCGGGAGCUGGGCCCUGGUCCAGAAGAGGUCCAGGACACAGACACUGCCAACAUGAGUGUGAAGAAUGUAAGAAAAAAUCUCAAGCUGCACCAGCAGAGCAAGCUCAAAGUUAAAUGCACACAAAGCUAAUCUCAACAGUUCUAUAAAAAUGAGACAUUUUCAGCCCCAGCAUCACCAUGGAAGGAAGCAGCUGUGUGUAUUUACCUGUUGCAGCGUGUCUUGAUAUCGAAUGUGAACGUACUCCAUGGAAGCUUUCUAGUCUCCUUUUGUUGUGUGUUUUUGUUUUGUUUCCUUCUUCAUAAAAUCCACUAGAGGGCGCAAGAAGACUUUCAGUAGAAAUGCAAAUGUUUUCUUUGGUUUGUCUGAGUAAAUGCAACCUUGUAAAAAGAGUCCAAAGUCUCUUUUGUAGGUUUAAUUAUUAUCAACAUUCAAACAGACAGGAAACUUCCUAUGAUAUAAUCUGAGUAGGUAACCUAUACCACCAAACCAAACCAAAGUUAUUGUUUUUUGCCUGCUGAGCAAAUGAUAAAAACUUUGCCAUUUUCAUCUAUGUACACUGAGGAGAAAUGUGUCAUUCUGUGUUGUUGAAUCAUCCUCCUAUUGCAACAUUACACACUUAUGACUUUAUUUGCUCUAUAGCAGAACACAAGGUGUGAUUCUUUCCUUAUAAGUACCGUACAUCUGAUGAGGACCUCUCUCCUCCACAGCCAAGUAGGCUUAUAUUUGCAGUAUUUUAUUAAAUUAAUAAUAAUUCAUCUUGAAUGUAUUAAUGAGUUGCGAAAUGUAUUUUAGUAGUUUGACUUAGUUUCUCUUUUAAUUAGGAAAAAAAUACAUACAAUGCAAUAUCUAUAACUUAUUCAAGGCCCCUCACAUCCAAGUCCUAUUUAUGACAACAGUCUAAAAAACUCUGUCCUGACUUUUGGUUAUGAUCUGAAUUUCCAAUCAAAAAAAAAAACUGGUUUAUUUUGAUCCAUGGACUACUGACGAAUGGAUUAAAAAUUGAAAUAAAUUGCCUCCGAAC